AUGGACAGGCUGCUGCUCAUCAUAUUUCUACUGGUCACACUCUCGGGCACUGCUGGGAUCCUCAUCAACGCUCCACACAUCCUGGAGUUUGUCGACCAGGACAAAAUUAUCAAAGAGCUGGUCGACUAUAUCAAGAGUAAGCAACAAGCCUAAAAAAAUUUUUAGGCACAUAGAGGAAAAAAAGGUAUUCCAAAAUAAAAACGUGUGGUACCAUUUAUACACAGUGUGGUCGACCAUGAAGGCCUCGGCUCCUGGUCAAAGAAGGUCAUUUCAAGAGAAGACAGUCGUAGAAAUAUAAGGGAUGUCUCGUAGGAAGAUAAAUAGUAUAAAACAUGUGCUGAAAGAAGGUGGUUGAACACAGUUCUUCUUUCUUCUCUGUGGCUGGUCUCGGGAUGAGAGAGAAAGAGCUUCAAGGGUUCGCUUACAACCGUUUCAUCCUGGACAUAUUGUAUGUGUUCUUCAUAUGACCAAGUAAGGCCGAAAUGGAAGGUUAGAAUCAUAAAUAAACUGAAUCACACUUUAAAAAAUAAACUGACAAUAAAUUGUAUGUAAAAAUGAUUAAUAAUUAUGUCUUUUUCUUCAGUUUAAACAAGC